AUCGACGCUGUUUGCGUCAACCAAACUGACUUACCGGAGCGCUCACAGCAGGUACAGCUUAUGACUGACGUUUACAGCCGCGCGAAAGAGGUCGUCGUCUGGCUCGGCCAAGCAGAUCACAACAGUGCAGAGUUUGUGAAGAUCGUGGAGACAUUACCGAAGGCGCCCCCUCUUUCUGUCGGUCUUGAUAACUUCAUGCGGGACAUACCGUGGCUUAGUCUCUGCGAGUCAAUCUUGAACGCCCAUACUGGCGACGUGUAUGGGUGCUACAGGAAGUUGCGUUUGCCCAACGUGCUGUCGCUUACAUUGGCUCCCACUCCGUACUUUUCUGGGCCAUUUGUCGUGCAAUGA